AUGGAAGAAAAGAACACGAAAUUGAGAAGGCCGCAUACGCUGGGCGAUUCGGCCGAACGCACUGACACUACCGAUAACAUGGUUAAAAUGGUCGCCGUUUACCGAGAAGAUGGUGGUAUCAAGGCAUUUGUACCUGUUGAUAGCUUUGAUAGUAGGACCGAUGAGGUCAUGGAAAGCUCAUGUGAUGAGUUGACAGCCAAAAUGUGCAAAGGCGGCAAUAACGCCGGGUCGGUCGGUUGGAUCAAUCAGGCGAUCGCCAGGUUAAAUGGAGAACGUGCUAGACAUUGUAACAUGGAAAGCGCUGUUUCAAACACGUCGGUGGCUUCCGUGACAAAUCAAACAAUGCCCGAUGACGUUCAGCAACAUGUCCACGCUCAUUACGUGGAUGGCCAGGAAGACUUACAAGAGCAAGGUAACCUAAUCAUAGGUGACCAUGACGAGAGUCAGGCAGCGAUGUGCUCUCGCCAAACCAGUGAAACCAUUAGUCAAGCAGGUUCGAUAUCCAUUCCAGCCGCAGGCGAAUAUAAUACCUGCGAAUACAUGGAUGCACGACCAGGCGUAUCUGUCACAGAUAUGACCGAGGUAGAAGGAAUUAUUACCACAAUUUUAGAUGCAAAGUUAUCUUCCUAUGUGGAAAAAUGUGAAAUGCAGAUAGAAGCUGUACGCUCUGAACAAGAAAAAAUGAUGCGCCAAGCUAUAGAUGACGUUUUGAAGCAGGUGGACGGACGUAUUACUGAGAUGUGUUCGCAACUGGAACAUAAAUUUACAGACCUACUCAGCCAAAACAAUCAAAACGACAAAUUGGAUGAUCGUAUCAAGACGGCGACUCAAGAGGCCAAAAAAGAGAUGGAGACAUCUAUGCUGGAGGAUGUCGAUUCAAAAAUUAAACACGUUGUCACAGUGGUAAAGAAGGCUUUGCACUCUCAAUCGUCUGAUGUAGAAAAGCAAUUAGAAAACAUUAUGUUAGCGGCGGCCGAGAAUGAAUCAAAAAUGCAGUCAAUAUCUGAUGCGAUGGAAAAGAAACUAGAGUCCAAGUUACGGGAGCAAUCUGAGAAUAGUGAAGAGUUUACCAAAUUUAAAGAAUCUGUGAAAACGGAACUAGGUGAUACUAAGGCCAAAAACAUACAAUAUUAUCAGAAAGUUAAGGAACUCGUAACUCAAAUAGAGGCUCUGAAUUCCGAUGUCGAAAGCGUUGAUUCAAAACUUCACAAAUAUUUGACUGAAGAAAUAGAUGGGCUGACCAAAAAAAUCGACACGGAAUUGAGCGAUGUCGUGAACAAACGUGAACUCGACGAUGCUAUUGAUGAUAUUCGUAAUCUUUGUGAUGCGAUCGAAAAGAAAGCUGUUGGUGUCGCUGCGCAAGAAUGCGAUGAGAAACUUGGGGUAUGGGCGAUGGACAUGGAAGAUAAGAUGUCACAGGAUCUGUACCGUAUAAUUGAAGAUCGGAUGCAGGACUUGAGUGCUAGUCUUUUGAAACAACUCGGCAAUAGCGUGGACCAAAAACUGCGUGGUCUUGGAGAGGCCCUAAAAGAGGAAAACGCCAGUGAUACACUAUCCAAACCCUCUGAUAGUGCAGGCGCAGAAACUACUGCUGCUGAGGUAGAUACUGUAAUAAAAGGCUUGAAAUCCGCUAUUAAAACACACGUAGAAAACGCCGUGUUACAACGGAUAUCAGCCUUUUCUACGGCCAAAUCUUCCACACCAAGUGACACUCGCCAAGGUGAAGUGGAUAACGAUACUUUAGAAAGCUCAGAAGUUUCGGGGGGCUGGGACUCCGUUGUCAAAAGGUUCACCGAUAUUAUGGAGCAGUGUGACAAACAGCUAGGCGAGGCAACUGAGGUAACAAGUAGACUACAAGAACUUAAUGAACAAGCUAUGGCUAUCGUUGAACAGAUGCGGAAAUAUAUUGGCUUAGCUAACGAUCACCUGGAGGAACUACCUAAGAGUACUGAAGAGACUUCUGAAAUCAUAAAGGAUUUAUAUGGUACCAUUGGUGGAUGCUCCAGUAUGGUUUCCGAUACUGUUCAAAGCGUAUCAGGCGACGCUGUCUGGAAUAGGCGAUCGCAAACGCAUUCAAGUUCCAGUGGGCCAACAGCGAGUUAUGUAGCGCAAAACAUUGUCAACGUUAAACGUGAAACAAUUACAGGAACUAUAAUUAACAAACCCCAGAUUGAGAAGGAGAAGACAAACAUAUUUUCUGGCAUUUUAUGCGGAUUCUCAGUGCCACAUAUACGCAAGGAGGGGACUGAUAAUCGUUCUGCCACAGAACCCAUGGAGCUGCGGAACUGCACUGCAAACAGGAAAACGCCUUAUUUGGAGUGCGAGAGGUCAUUCACUGAACCUUCUAAUAAUGUAGAAGUCAAGUACGUAAACAUGAACGGACAGGUUAUAAAGGUUACGCAAGAGCACUUCAACCUUAACCAACUUAGCGGUAGGCCACCGAUUAUUACGCGGACCGACAAUAGGACGGGAAAUUCAACACAUCGCAGCACAAAUUUUUAUUAUUGA